AUGUCAUCCACUGCAUCUAGUAAAGUAGACUCCCUUGUUCAGUGGUUGAAUGAAAACGCAUACUGGAGAAAUGAUCUAAUAAUAAAGCAAUCAAAAUUUGGUGGUUUAGGUGUUUUCCAUCCAGACAAUGACGAUCAAGAAGAGGAUGAGAAUGAUCCAUUAUUCCUUCGUAUUCCAAAAGUAAACUUAUUAUCUCCCAAAAACUCAUUCAUAUAUAACUUAUUACAUGAAUAUGAACCUUCUAAUCCUGAUAUAAUAAUCUCCGAAGGAAUGUAUGCCUUGGUGAUAUCAGUAAUUUAUGAAUAUGCACAAGGUGAAAAAUCACCUUGGUUUGCCUAUUUACAAUCGAUUGAUUUUGAUGCUUCAGAAAUACCAAUAUGUCUUUGGGAUGAACAAGAUAAAGCAAGUUUAAAGAAUACUGAAGUCGAUCUUUUAAAUAUGUUGAAUCCAAAAGAAUUAAUCAAUUUUUAUAUUGAGGUUAUAAAUUUUGCUAAAUUAAAUCAAGAUAUUAUUUCAAUACCGUCAGUUUUGAAUAUUGAAAAUCCAACACCAAACACAAUCCAGGAAAAGCAUCACGAUAAGUUGUUGUCUUUCGGGAAGUAUAUUCAAUCAGUUAUUUCUCGUGCAUUUCUGGUUGAUAACUACCAUGGGUUGGCAAUGGUUCCAGCUGCUGACUUAUUCAAUCAUAUCGAACCCGAAUAUAUUGAUGGUCAGAUUAAAGGAAGGGAAAACAUUCAUUUUAUCUGCGAUGGAUCAGUAUGUGACAUAUGUGGGGAACAAGCAUGUGAACAUGAAGAUUCUGAUAGUGAAGAAGAAAUGGAUGAAGACUUAGUACAGCAAAUUCUUGAAGAAGAAGAUGAUGAUGAAAUGGAUGAGGAUAGUGAAAACGAGGAAUCAGAUGAUGAGGGCCAUAUAGAAGAGGAAGGUGAAAUGUCUGAUCACGAAUCUGGAGACUUAGAAGAGGAAGAAGAAGAACCUAUAAAAGAAAUUACUAUGGAAUAUAUCCAAACCUUAGAAGAAGAAUUACUUUCCGAUGAAGAAACCGAUCAAGAUCCAGAAGAAGUAUCAACGGUUUCAAUGAGUGACGAUGAAGAAUCUGGUCCAAUAGAACCAAUAGAUGGCCCAAAUGAGGAUUUAGCAAAAGAACUUUCAGAUAGUUCAAAAUGUUGUGAUGUUGUAUUGGUCCGUCCAGCUUCCAAAGAGUAUGGUAGUGAAUUAUUUAAUUCAUAUGGGAAUGAACUUUCUAAUCCUUAUUUAUUACAAAAGUAUGGGUUUAUCGCUAAGGAGAAUCCAAAUGAUACUUGUUUACUUUCAGUUCAAUUCUUUAAACAAAUUAAAAGCUUAAAGGAAAAGGUCAACGCCCAAAAGAAACAAGAAAUUGAAGAUAAACUUGAAUGGUUAGAGGAGAUUGGCUAUGAACCAAUGAGCGAACUUAUUGCUGAAAUGCACCAACCAGAGCAUGGACAUGCUCACCAACAUGAACACAAUGGAAAUGCGUGCGAAGACGAUGAUUGUGAUUCUGGGUGUGAAGACGAUGACUGCUGUAAAGAAUCUGAAUUCGACUAUCCUGAAUCUUGGCCCUUAAGUAUUCGUAUAAAAUUUGAUGGAGAAUGUACGCCACAAAUAUAUGCAAUUUUAAAGUUAAUUGAAUUGAAAUUUGUACAUUUCAAGCAUAAACUUUUGUCAGUCAAGAGUGGAAGGAAGUUGAAAAGUAGAAUAAAAGAAAUGUUAUUACAGCAUUCAGAAGAAGAAAUACAAGCAUAUAAUAAGAGAAUUGUUAAUUGGUGUCAGCAAAGAAUAGAAGCAUAUCCAAAGAAGGUUAGUGGCCCACACGAGGAACUUGCCAAGUCUAUGAUCAGACAGGAAAUUAACAUAUUAACAAAGUUUAUAGAAUUAUAUAAAUAG